AUGGGAAAGAAGCCACAAUGGGGCCAGUGGAACGAAAGCGGCAAAAGCAGACGUGGUGGCGGCUGGCAGGCCAACAGCACAUCACCCGCGGCCACUUCCUGUGGAGGCUUGGUCAAGGCAGUACAGCGGCUCGUCACCGUCGCGAGGAAAGCGGAGGUACGUACUCGGAAGGCCACGGAGGACUGCGAAAGGAUCGAAGCCGAGUGGGCCCAGUUCCAGGACGAGCUCAAGAAGAAGUUCAUCAAGGGUCGCGAGCAGCACCGCCAGGACUCCAUGAAGGCGAAGCAGACCCUCGAGGAAUGUCAGGGUGCCCAGACCACUGCAUUCGCGGAGCUCCAGGAGGCGAUGGCCAACCCGGAGAAGAUCAUGGAGCCCAGGACGCAGGCCCCGCCGCCGGAGGUGGACUUGGAGUGGGAUGCCUUGUUGCAAGGCACAGAGGACAGCGACGAGGAGAUGACCUCGGCGGCUGUCGAGCAAGUGAGGAGCCGCCUGCGGGAGGUGGUAGCCUCGACACCGCCCAGGAGGCCGACAGUAGCACCACUCACCCCUCUGAAGACAAGCACUGCUCCACGGAAGGCUUCUACUACUCCGCUUUUGGAAGCAAUGGUUGCUGGCAAGGAGGACUUCGGCGCCUACCCCAUCGCUGUCACCUGCGCGGAGGCGAUCUCGAUCUACUACCAGGCCCACAAUGUGCAGAUCGUGGAGGAAGACGACGAGGAGACGCUGGUUGCUGCUUUGGCGAAGAGUCAGAUCCCCGGUCAUUGGGUCAAUGAUGACUGUGGAGAGCAACCUCUGGUUCUGAGUCCCAGCGGGUGUGGUGAUUCUGCUGAUCGGUUUGAUCACGGAGCUGUACUACACGGCUGGAGCCCUGGACGAUUUUGGGAUGUAUUUGAUGUGCAGCAAGUGGUGCUUGCUGCUGUUGUUCCAUGGCUUGGUGCUAUAUUGGUCGUGAUAGCACCCACGGCUACCUCAUUGGCCCUUUCAGUGCUCCUCGCCCUUUUGGUCGGAUUACGCGCUCUGCUGCUAGCAUAUGGGAGGAAGCGGCACCCCUUUCAUCGUGCUGGCAAGGGAACAAGCCGACUGCCUCUGUUCAUCCGGCCGCUCCUGGCAUUUGGCCUCUUUCGCUGUGGGGUCUCCAGUCCUAUGCGAAUUGGAGGCAGAGGUCGUCUUGACCCUCGUUUCCUGGCACAUCAGCGGUCUGAGUUUGAGCAGCUUGUAUUGGCUGAGAGCCAGAUGAUCUGGAGCCAGCCCCUGAUGAGUGCUGGGGCACAUCCUGAUAUGAUUCACCGUCAAGGACCACCGGUUCUACCGCCGGCGGGCCCAGAGCCCCUUGAUGAGGAGGAGCCUGAGGAGGAGUGGCCGCCAGAUGGAAAUGAGCCAAUCAGGGCGAGGCAUGUCUCGCUGUGGGUCCUCACACCCUUCUCGGAGCCAGAAAUGAUACAGAUUGCUGUGCCUUUCCCCACCACGUUGGAGAUUCUGCAAGAUUUUGUCCGAGACGCUGGCAAUGAGUCUGCCCAUGUCUCCCCAGUCGUGCCGCAGAUCCACGAGGACUUCGCUAGUUUCCUCUUGCUCCCGGACUGGCUCCCGCACUCAAGCUGUACUGCUGUUGCUCUAGAUGCCCGUCUCGUUGGUGGAGGCAUUUUCGCUCACUACCUGAAUGGGCCGCUGACGCGCAGUGUGGCGUUACAAGCAGCAGGCAAGGGCUACGAUGAGCCCUUCGAGGUCUUUGUGGGAGGUGACCUUGCUCCCCUGGGACCAAUUGAGAGCCGACUUCCAGUUUCUGGGUCUCUUGUGAAGGUGGUGCCACGAGGCACGGUCAUUGAGUGGUCAGGGGAGCUUCGCGAGCGACUCGAUCGUUCAGACCUGUGGGAUCCACGUACAGACCCGCCUCCCUCUUGUGGGAGAGGUUUGAUUGCAUUCCAGUCCCCUGAGGAGCAGUACAUUCACCACGCGCGGCGAGACCGUGACAACAGCCCGCUCCAAGUUGCAGCAUGGGCCUUCGGCCUAACUGAGGGCGCCUUCCGAUUGAGAGCACCUACAGACCGUCCGGUCAGACUAUGCUGGAAAGGUGCCAGUGUUCAUUCUUUGGUCGCUGUCGUGCCUCGACACGUUGGCCCUUCUGAUACUGCAAGCGUCAUCUUUUUGGAUCUACGUGGUGUUGGACAUUGGCCCCAGUGGACAACUGUUGAUGGACCCCUUUUCCACCCGGGCCGCUACGUCGAGGACUUACAGAUUGAACUCGUCGAGGGCUUCUCAGUGGUGGUUCAAGGAGGUCGAAUUCGUGGAGAGGAUGGCUAUGUUGAGGUACAAGACGGAGAGGUCCUUGAGAUUGUCCUCCGCCAAACGGCGACACUCACCCCAACACAGGAGGGCAGCAGUGGGGCCUCAGAUGAUGAAGAAGAUGAUGACUGUGAGGAUGGAGAGAGCAGCUCAACCUUUGAUGCUCUCCCUGAUUCUUCUGAUUUCUCCGAGGGUGCUCCGAAUGGUCCGGGCCCUUGGGGCCCCCCGCCUCCUGAACCUGUCAAUGCUCCCCGACGAGGCCGAAGCCGUUCCCCCGCUCGACGAGGUGACACUACUUCUGGCCCUCCGACAUCACCAGCCACGAUCUCCAUAGCGGCCGAGCUCCCGGUUCCCACCUAUGACCUCACGAUCGACACGUUAAAACUCCCGAGUGUGCCGCCAGCCUGGACAACGCAUCCAAAGCCCUGGCCCCCCACAUGGUUGCACUUCCAUCUUGGUGGGCUGCCUCUGAAAGAGGCGACUACGAAGGCACUCGCCCAAACGGUGCCCUGGCCAGAGCUCUUGGCCCGACAUAAUGUGAAUGACCUGCUCGAGAUUGAACUUUACACGGACGGCUCCGCUAACAAAGAUUCCACCAAGAGUGGCUUUGCAAUCACGAUUCUGCUGCGAGUUGGUCUUUGUGUCGCGGUUUUCGGUGUCAUCAGCGACCAAUUGCUGGGCGCGUCAUCAGUUUGGCCACUGGACGCUCCCCCUGCCCUCCGAGCCGAACAGGUUGCGAUCACAGUUGCGAUGCUGUGGAUCAUGCAGUUCCGAGGCCUGAUGCCAAGCCUAUCAUGUACGCUUUGUUUUGAUUGUAUGUCUGCUGGCUAUGCUGCCAGUGGUCGGUGGCAAGCACCGGACCAAUUCGGUGAGCAAGGCCACCUCCUUGAGCUGUUCCUUCGUGAGCAGCCCGGCCUUGACCUCCAUUUCGCCCAUGUACGAGCACAUGAGGGCAAUCCCUGGAUUGAGCUCUCAGAUGUCCUGGCCAAGGAGGCCUCCAUCGGCAGGGCCCGGUUUGGUGUCCCCCCAGUUGAAGUUUGCCGCGAGUUUCUGACACUGGACCUCUCCUGGCUUGCUAUUGAAGCUAAGGCGGCAUGUUCCCAGACUUACAAAGUCCACAGAGGAUGCUUGGAAUGGGGAGCCUUCCGGGAUGAUGGAUUCCGGCUUCGACCGGACCAACUAGUCCCUGUACAAGGAGGUGAUCACAAUUCCGGGCAACAGCCGCCUUCCUUUGAGCUCACUGCCGGGACCCUGAAUGUUCAGGGCUUUGGUGGUAAGACUGCCUACCUCGAGGCCCAGCUUGACCAUGAGGCCUUCAAUGUGAUCAUGUUUCAGGAAACCAAGUCCCCGAUGGGCCUGCUGCAAUCCAAGCGAUAUCUGCGGCUUCAUUCUGAAUCACUGUCUAGAUGGGGCACAGCCAUCUGGAUACAUCGUCAACUGGGCCUGUUUUCCCUGGAUGGGAGACCCACUAAAGUUGAUGAACAUGACUUGGAGGUCCAGUUUGAAGAUACGCGGCUCCUGAUCUUGAAGGCCAGACCCGCCCAGCUCUCCAUCUACCUGAUUGCUGCCCACUGCCCCCAUGCUCUUAAGGGCCCGGAGAGCAUGAGCUUCUUGGAUGUACUCGAAACAGAGCUGUCCAAAAUGCGAGGAGCGGACUUGAUUAUUUGUGGAAUUGACCUCAAUGGUCGCGUCCCGGCUCUGUUUGGUGACACCACGGGACCAGUGGAAUGCGGGGAGCCGGAUCUCAUUGGAAAACGCUUUGUCACCUCCACGUUGGGGAAGACAACACCUUCGUGCACCCGAGUGGAUCAGAACACCGAAUCGAUUUUAUUGCCAUUGGAGGACCACAGAUUGGUUGGUUUGACCUUUUCUGGUACCUUCGAGCGUGCACCGCCAAGAGCUGCUCUGUGGCGUCCUCAAUUUGAUCGUGCCAAAAUCGCCUCUGCUGAGGGCCGCCAGAUCCUGUUGGAGGCCUGUCGCAACUUUGUGCAGCCAAAGUGGGAGGUUACGCCCGAUGAGCAUUGCCAAAUGAUUCAGGACAUGCUGCUCGAGACGCUGCAAAAACAUUUCCUGGUGGAUAGAACUGGAGCAAAGGCAACCUACAUCCCCCUGAGUGUUUGGGAACUUCGAGAGGCCAAGAUGCGGUUGAAGCGGGCUACGAGAGGAAGAUUGCAUCUGUGGUCCGACCUAGUUUCCUGGGCCUUCCGCCAAUGGCAUACAGGUUGUGACGCUGGUCUUGGCCUUCUGGUCCAGAAGCAGGGGCUCUUGUGUCAGCUUACGGCGGCGGCUAUCCGGUUUGCCACCGCACGUAUACGCAAGGGUGUGGCCGAGGGGCGUCAGCGAUUCAUUGGAGAGGUCCUGGGCGAGGGCCACCACAGUGCGGCCCAGUUGUUGAGACGGGCAAAAGCGGCUGGGUUUGGUGGUGCUGCGACGCGCCAGAAACGGCGGCCACUUCCUGCCCUUCUUGACCCUGCGAGUGGACAACUUGUUGGGCAUAGAGCGGGCAAAGAUCAGGUCUGGUUGGAGUACUUUGGACAGCAGGAGCAAGGAUGCGUUCUUGACACCACAACUCUUGUUGAACAAGCUGCUGUGCCCAUGCCAACAGACGAGGUUCAGUGGACGAUGGAGCUCCUGCCCACGCUUGCUGACGUUCAGCGGUUGAUGAGGACCACUCCCAGGCAUAAGUCAGCCGGGUUGGACCUCAUACCUGGCGAUGUGCUUUCUACGGCACAUGAGGAACUUGCAGCUGUUCUUCAUCCUCUCUUCACAAAGGCUAUGCUAUGGGCGAGACAACCAACGCAGUGGACAGGAGGCAUAUUGUUUGAAGCCUUCAAGAAUGCGGGGAGCAACCGCGAAGUCUCGAAUUACAGAAGUCUGUUUGUGAGCAGUGCUCUCGGCAAAUUGGGCUGUGCUACGCUGUGCUGUUUUUGGACACCAAGAGUGCAUACUAUGCUGUCUGCAGAGAACUUGCUGUUGGUGACAUUUGUCGCGACUCCACUGUCUCAACUCUUCCAGCGGUUCAACCUUCCGCCAGAAGAUCUUCAAGAACUCAUGGCUACGGUGUCAGCUGGAGGCAUCAUGGAUGCUGCUGGUGUUCCACCAGCUCUUCGUCAAGUCAUCCGCGAUUUUCACUACAACACGUGGUUUACCACGCGUUUCACAGACGGUCGCCAAGCUUGCAAGACACUUGCCGGAUCCAGACCAGGUGAAUCCUUUGCGGAUACGAUCUUCGGGUUUGUCUACGCGAAGCUUCUUUGCUCCAUCUACGAGGUUGCUGCCACGGAAGGAUUAGCAUUUGAAGUGCCAUAUGACCCCGAGACUGGAGUAUACGCUGAUGGAACAGCUGGUCUUGAACAGACGUCUUGGGAUGGCACGUGGGCAGACGACAGUGCCUUCAUCACGGUUGCAGCUGAUGCAGAGCAGCUCCUGCAUAAGGCGACCAGACUGUGUGAGGUGGUUAUUGGAUCUUGUCAAGCUGCGGGCCUCACGCCGAACAUGAAGGUUGGCAAAACCAGUCUGUUGAUGAGGUUGAGUGGUCGUGGCUCUGUCCGAGCUAGACGACAACAGUUUCGUGAUGGAGCUUCGACAUUGCGGAUUGCAGCGCUUGAUAUGACCGUGCCACUCGUGCCACAGUAUCGUCAUCUUGAUGGCUUCUUGGAUGUCAACAACACGAUGGUGGUGGAGGCGCGACAUAGGGUCGCGUUGGCUACUCAAGCCUUUGAUGACUCGAGCCGGCUUUUCCUUUGCCGCCGCGACCUCUCCUUGGAAACCAGGGCUGGGGUCUUCAAUACCAUUGUCACCACUUCGUUGUUUAACAUGGGCUUGUGGGUCCCUGGUGGCCGAGCUUGGAAGAUGUUGAACAAUGCUUAUUCAAGGUUGGUCAGGCGAUUGCUUGCCCCAACCUUCAAAGGGGACAGACUCUUCCGAGUCCCCCUUGUGGUGGCACAUGUCGCGACAGGCUGUUGGAAGCUUGACCUGGUCGCGCGCCGUGCGCGCUUAAGUCUGCUGGCGUCCUUGGUCGUGGCAGGCCCUGACCUGCUCUGGGCCACCCUCCAAGCCGAGGGUAGUUGGUUAAAGACUGUGCGUGGUGACUUGGAGUGGCCUGUUGGCUGCGAUUCUGCAGAUUGGCCGAGGCUUGACGCUGCAGGGUGGCCAGCAUGGUUCACCCUCAUCCGCGACCAAACUGCGCGUUUUAAGAGACGGGUGGCUCUGCGUCUCAAGGCCACCCACAAGGAGGUGUGCGCCUCUGACGUUGUGUUGGUCUGCCAGUGGGCCAUGUUUCGGACGCUGCCUAAGGUUACCCAGGAUGUCCCUCGGCGACCCUUCUGGAAAUGUUGGAUGUGUGGGGUGUCCUUUGACACCAAGGCGAAGCUCAGUGUUCACUACUUCAAAACGCACAAGCGAGAAUUCUGGUCCAACGGAAGACUCGCUGCCCACCUCCGAGCCUACCUUCGUUGUGUCGAGUCCCUCCGCCGAAGUGGCUGUGUAGUUUCGGUUGAGCCAGGUUUCGGUAGUCGGCGAAGGCGAAAACAAGAUGUCGAGCAAUACACUCCUGCUGCUCCAGUACGUGUUGGGCCUACGAGGGAGCCAGCAAAGGAGACCAGCUGGGGCCCCCACCUGAAGAACUACUACAGGGAUUUGUGCGAGGCAGCUCUUGACGUCACUGAGGCUGUUGACUUUGAGCAUGUGAUUAAGAAUGCCUUGGCAUGUUACCCGCUCUACCCUGACGAGAUCUGCGAUGCUCUUUCCCUUCUGGUGUCUGAGAUGGAGUUUGUUUUUGAAAGUGAUGUACAACGACAAUGGAGCAGGGCGACACUUGAUGUCUUGCAAUCUGCAUGUCGAGCUGUGUCGGCAGUGGUCUGGAGCGCUCCGGACGAAGCACUGCCCCAGCAUGAGAAGAGCCAGACCUUUGAAGACUUUCAACAACUGCUUCAGGAGAUCCGAUGGGACCAGGAGCUCAAGCGAGUGAUGCCUGUGCACGGGACCCAACCUAGCACUUUGUAUGUCCUGCCUUCCACCUGGGAAGCUGAGUGGGGGAAGAGUAGGGAAGUGUUCGGCAGCUCGGCCGUGCUAGAUGAUCCACUCGCUCUCUUGCCGCCGGUUCUUAAGGACCUUUGGCAGGAGCUUAGGCUUAUGCAAGGACGGGCUGUGCAGCUCAGGGCUCCUGCGGAGUUCUGGCAAGGCCCGCUAGCUGGACCUUUCCAGCUACUGAGGGAACACCCCUGCAUUAAUUAA